UGGCAGUCAAGUGUUUUCCACUGAACCCAAAGAGCUACUCUCGCGAUUUCUCCAGUAAUUCUCGCGAUAUGUGUUUGCUUGAAACCCGCCCAUGAGCCUUUGCUAACCCUCUUUCUAGCCGGCGCCUGAGAAUGGGUAUCUCAAGGGACAACUGGCACAAACGCCGUAAAACCGGUGGCAAACGCAAGCCCGUCCACAAGAAAAGGAAAUAUGAGCUCGGGCGUCCUCCUGCAAACACCAAGAUUGGACCUCGCCGCAUUCACACAAUAAGAGUCCGUGGUGGAAACAAGAAAUACCGUGCCUUGAGGCUUGAUGUGGGCAACUUCUCAUGGGGCUCAGAAUGCUGUACCCGCAAGACCAGGAUCAUUGAUGUGGUCUACAACGCCUCUAACAAUGAGCUGGUGAGAACCAAGACCCUGGUGAAGAACUGCGUGGUCCUUGUGGACAGCACUCCUUACAGACAGUGGUUUGAGUCUCACUACGCCCUCCCACUUGGCAGGAAGAAGGGUGCCAAGCUGACCCCCGAGGAAGAGGAGAUCCUGAACAAAAAGAGGUCGAAAAAGGUCCAAAAGAAGUUUGACGUGCGCAGAAAGACCAGCAAAAUCAGUCCUCUGUUGGAGGAGCAGUUCCUGCAGGGGAAGCUUCUUGCCUGCAUUGCCUCCAGACCAGGACAGUGUGGCAGGGCCGAUGGCUACAUCAUCGAGGGCAAAGAACUGGAGUUUUACCUGAGGAAGAUUAAAGCCAAGAAAGGCAAAUAAAUGUACAGCUCUGUUUGAUACGACCAUUAAAGAAAAUUCCCCAACUCUG